GUAAAAGUCAGAAAAACACAAAUUGUAUUUUCAAUUGGACAUUUCGCAAAGUAAACAACCAAAAAAUGUCGCGACAAGCCUCCCGUUUGGACGCCAAGAAAGUGUGCCUAAGAACGUAUCUUUGACGUGCCACCCACCCUCAAAAUCGGCUUCAUUCGCUUUUCCAGUAAGUGUGUUGUUGAGGGAUUGAGGUUGAGACAAGACAGACAGGCGACACAAAUAGCCGAGCAAUCGGGAUAUGGAAAACCAUUUCAGCGCCGCCAGCAGCCGUCCCUCAGCCACGCCCAGAAUGAGCACCACCGCCUCCGCCGUCGCUACCGCUGCCGCCAACAACAAUAGCAGCAGCAGCAACAACAACAACCCAACAAUAAGCACCGGCACCAAUGUAAAUACAGCCACUGGAGUAGGAGCCGCCAAUGCUAACGCAGCUGCUCAACCCAUCCAAGUGAUACCCAUGCCGAUGUUGUCAACGGGAGCUGCACAGAUCAUAAUUGGCCAACAGGCUCAGGGACAGACUGCGGCGACGGGUCUGCAACCGCAACUGAUACCGCUGCAGGCCAACCAAAUUAUGCUGCAAGCGGCCCAGCAGCAGCCACAAAUGCAGGUGAUGCAACUGCCCGACGGGCAGACUAUUUUCUAUCAAACGCCCACCAUAGCCGCUCUGGAUCCGAAUGCAGCGGCCACCGCUGCAGCUGCCAUGGCCGCGCAACCCGCGCCCCACUACCUCAACAUAAACGGACAGCUAGUGCAAAUCACACCGGCAGCUAGUGCCAAUCAGGCAGCUCCCACUGCUGGUCAACAGAUCAUCAUGGUUCCACAGACGGCCAUGGCAGCGGUGAAUGCAGCGGCGGCCAAUGCUGGAGCUAGCGCAGUGGUCACCCAACAGCAGCAGCAGCAGCAACAACAGCAGCAGGUUCAAUCCCAAGCCCAGCAGCAACAACAACAGCAGCAGCAACAUCAACAACAGACGGCGGCGGCCAAUGCUGCAGCGAAUAAUAUAAGCGCCGAUGUCAGCACAAGCACGACGGGAACGAAUACGAACAGUGAGGACGAGAGCUCCAAGGGCGAGGCGGAUGAGGAGCCGCUCUAUGUGAAUGCCAAGCAGUACAAACGCAUCCUGAUUCGUCGGCAGGCCAGGGCCAAGCUGGAGUCGCGUAUUCCCAAGGAGCGCUGCAAGUAUCUGCAUGAAUCUCGUCACCGGCACGCCAUGAAUCGAGCGCGAGGCGAAGGCGGCCGCUUCCAUUCGGCGCAAGAGAAGGGCGAUCAGGAUUCUUCCGGUCCGGAUGGCGGCAACAUGUCCGUGGCGCCCAGCGCCGUAACGCUCAGUAGGGGAACGGCAAGGGCUCCACCGAAAUUGAUCGCACCCCACCAAACGCCAAGCAUUACUAUAACGGCGAUAAAGUCGGAAUAGCCCUUGCCUAGCUUUAGAUGUAAAAACUAGAUGGUAGUUUAAAAUCUAAGUUAAUCACUCUGUGUCAACCAUGUGUCCUCAAUGUGGCCGCCUCAUGUCAUUCUGCUUAAAUCUGUAUUUAUUGGCUUCAAAAAGCCUUGUUCUCUUAUUUCGUUUCGAAAUAAUUGUAAUUAACUCCCGAACUUUUUUCAAUUGUAAAAUCAACGAUUUUUGAUGAGUAGGUUAUAAACGUAUUUCUACUUCAUAUUUAAAGAUUAUAUAUAUUAAAUUUGAAUGAUUUAAUUUACUAUUUAGCAAUACAAUACUAAAUUUGGCUUGAAAGAUAACUUAUAUUUUAAACUUUAAAUUAUCCAAAACUUAAUACCUUAUCAAUAGUGCAAUUAUUCUUUAAAAAAUUCGAAAUGGAAUAGGAAACAAUACAAAAAAUACAAAUUUAAAACAAAUUAAGGAUAUAUGUUUAAGAAUGCAAUCAAUAUGUCGCAUAAUAAAUACAAAGAAUUGUUUAUAAAUCUAAAA